GCUUUCUUGUACGCAUACGUGCUCGCUUGUUUAUUGUGGUUGAUACGAACGAAUUCACACAGACACAAACAAGCUAUUAUACAUAUAUAUAUAUAUAUCUGUUACUAUCCUAUCUUGAAGUAUAUUAACAUCUAGUUCCAGCCAAUAAAGCGAGUGUCAUGGGCAAGGGAUGCUCCAAUUGUCGCUCUGCAAAAAGUGAAAAGCGGGAAUGGCCGGAUUUGGAAAGCGACAACUCGGUUUUUUUUUUCGUCUGUUUGAUCAAACUCGUUACAGAUGGGUGAUCAAGAGGCAACGCGUGCAUGUGCGAUCGGUCUACUCACUGCCGACCACUACGACAAUGUCGAGUCAUUCAUUGAAGAAGCCAUUGAUUCUGGUCACGAUUUCGUUGCAACACCUAUCGUGCAUCCGCGUUAUAGCCGUGUUUUGAAAACAAAGGAUAACGACAGUUGGAGAAACGUUCCAGUCUACGAACGUGACGAUCUAGUUGUUCGCAAGCCAAGUUGGUCGGAUGCUAUUGUCGGCACCUUGUCAAAUUGGCUAGAGCUGGACUCUUCCGAUGCAAAUACACGCAUCAAUUCCGAGCUGGCACUGAAGCAGGAGUUAGCUUGGGCCUGUCAUCUCGGGUUGUUUGCUGUCAUGACACCUGCUUUGUCAGAAACCAGCUUAUCCAACCUGGCGCGCGUGGUCAACCACAACGUGGGUUCAAUGUCUGUAACCCAGAUGUGGGUGCGUGUCCUGUUAGAUGGAAGCAACAAAGCAUGGAAACAGUGGAACAAGUUCCAUGCUCUGGCUGAACACAAUCCCAAAAUUUAUGCUGCACUUCAAUUGCCCAAAGAACUUCCUGAGGAUGGUUUGCUUUUGGAUACAUGGUUUGCCGAGCCAAUCAAGACGGUAAUUGUUCCAGCCGACGUAUUCAUCAGCAAUAACAAGGGCUACCCUGUACUUCCGAAGCCACAUCAAGCGUUUUUAAAGAAACUGAUGCACCGCAUGCAACCACAGGUUAUCGUCACGUUACCAGAGACAAAGCUACAUGCAUCUGCUACACCGUCAUCCUACCAAGAAUACAUCCAAUACCUUAAUCGAAAUCUGCCAGAGCUCAACGAUGUCGAACGCUUUGCUGCAGGCUAUCAUGAUUACUUGCAGGCACCCUUGCAGCCGCUGAUGGAUAAUUUGGAUAAUUCAAUGUAUGAAACUUUUGAACGAGAUCCAAUCAAGUAUCAACAAUAUGAAAAGGCAGUCUAUCACGCGCUGUUGGAUAGGGUUGAGCACGGUUCAGAUUAUGUUUCCACGAUUAUGGUGGUGGGCGCUGGACGCGGCCCCUUGGUGAAUUGUUGUUUGCGCGCAGCCGAAAAAGCAGAACGCAAAGUACACCUCUAUGCACUGGAGAAGAACCCCAACGCCUUUGUCACAUUACAAAACGCCAAGGCAGACGUAUGGCACGACAAGGUGACCCUGGUAUUUGCCGAUAUGCGAAAAUGGAAGCCAAAGACAAAGUGCGAUAUCCUCGUCAGCGAGCUCUUGGGCUCAUUUGGAGACAAUGAAUUAUCACCCGAGUGUCUGGAUGGCGCACAAAAGUUCCUGAAGGAGGAUGGCAUAUCGAUUCCCGCCUCAUACACUGCCUAUGUAACGCCAUUAUCAUCAUCGAAACUGUACAACGAAGUGGCUGCCUACAAGGACUUGGUCCAUUUUGAAACGCCCUAUGUGGUCAUGUUUCAGCAAGUGUGCGAACUGGCUCCAUCCAAGCCGGUGUGGACAUUUGAGCAUCCAAACAAAGCAAUUGACGAUGACCCUCAAAACAACCUGCACAACACCCGGUACAGCCAAGCCAAGUUCCAAUUAGCCGACCAGGACAUGAUUAUGCACGGCGUUGCGGGCUACUUUGAGUCGGUGCUGUACAAGGACGUCAUGAUCUCGAUACAUCCUGACACGCACUCGCCUGACAUGUUUAGCUGGUUCCCUAUCUUUUUCCCACUGCGCACGCCUGUACAAGUUCCUCGAGGUUCCACGGUGACACUAGACUUUUGGCGUGCGACAGACGCCAAGAAGGUGUGGUAUGAGUGGAGUGCCGACGUGGUGUCUGCCGACGGAAGCGAUGUUGCGAUAAGUCCAAUCCACAACAGCGGCGGUCGAUCGUACUGGGUUGGCUUAUAGUCUGCUAUGCAGAAUCCACCCGUAUCGAAUGCAUGUGUAGCCAUAUGUGGCAGUGUAAAGUAGUGUAGAGCAGUGUUUUUUCUUCUGUAAAAAAUGUAUAUCCGCUUCGGCAGAAUUUACGUCCGCAAACGCCGCAAAAGAAAAAGGAUCUACGGAUGAGCCGGGCCGAAUAUAUGCUGUGAUUUUUGGAGGGGUUUAGUUUUCAAUUCGAGA